UAUUCGACUAUAUAAUUCGUCAGCUUGUUUCAAGAGUUACAAAGAACGUUUUACUUUCCAUUGCAGAGGGUAGCUUUGAAAUAAGAUUUCAUUUUAUACUAUACUACGGUAAUUCUUAUAAGUUUCAACUGUUUUGCGGAAGAUUAUACUACCAAAUAUGAUGAUAUGGACAUUGACAGAAUUCUGCAGAAUGGUCGUAUCCUCACUAAUUACAUUAAAUGCAUGUUGGAUGAAGGACCAUGUACUAACGAAGGUAGAGAAUUAAAAAAAAUAUUACCUGAUGCUCUAUCUACCGGUUGCAAUAAGUGCAAUGAAAAACAGAAACAUACAGCAAAUAAAGUAGUAAAUUAUUUAAAAACCAAGAGACCAAAAGAUUGGGAACGGCUUUCUGCAAAAUAUGAUUCUACUGGUGAAUAUAAAAAGCGUUAUGAACAUGGAUUGCAAUUUGCAAAAAAUAAUUAAACUUAUAACAUCUAAAAAAUAAAUUUAUGAAAAAAUUUGUAUAAUGAAAAUAUAAUAAAGCAAUCUAAUUUACGUAUA